GAGUGCGAGAGUCGAGAGCACUAGAAACUUGAAAACUGCCGAGUAUGGAGAGUUGAGAAUUCCACGCAUAGGACGCACGCCAUUGCAGGAAACAAGCCACCGAUGAUUACCAUCUCAGCGUUAACAGCUUUCCGGACAGCGUCGAUCAGAAUACUCCCCGCCUUCUGAAUCGAUGCCCCACAAGACGUCUCGGUUUCAAGUUUCAAUAUAACCCGGAAAGCAGAUAAGUGACGAGGGCAACGCAAGAUUCAAAGCUGUUGCCCUUUACGAACAAAUUUCGGUUGCGAGGAGAAGAGCGUAUAGUCAAAGCAAACAUCUGCCACGCCAAAGUUAGAGGCCCCGCUAAGUCUUGGGAGGUUUGGAGGUAGAUAAACUUUUAAUGAGGGCGGCCACGUACGAGAAGGAUGCAGCGUUGUGUCGGGAGUGAGGUUUAGGGCUUUGUCGCUGCUGUCUGCACAAGAUAGUGGUUCUCGCCCAUAACAAUAGAUGUGAAGCCGAAGAAUGGCAUGCUUCUGAAGCAGAUUGGAUAUUCUGCUGCGGGGACAUUUCGACGAUUUGUCACUGAAUCCAGGGUUGGUUCCGCCAUGGAAGCUAUUAGGAGCCAUGCCCGAAGAGAUCGGCUGCUGGAGAUUGAGGGGAAGAUUCAGAAGAGAUGGGAGCAGGGUAAAGUUUUCGAGGUUGAUGCUCCAUCUGAUUCUGCAAAGGAGGGUGAGAAGUUUUUCGGGAAUUUUCCGUACCCGUACAUGAAUGGACUGCUCCAUAUUGGACACGCCUUUUCUGCAAGUAAGGUGGAGUUCGCAGCUGCUUACCAUCGACUAAGGGGAAAGCAAGUACUUUUCCCUUUUGGAUUCCAUUGCACUGGGAUGCCCAUCAAGGCUUGUGCAGAUAAGAUAGCUCGUGAGAUAGAGAAGUACGGUAAUCCUCCCGUCUUCCCUUCCGAAGAUGAACUAGCCACAGCACCCACAGCACCUGUUGAGUCUGGUGAAGCGAAGACAGAACCAGAAAAGUUCAAGAGCAAGAAGUCGAAAGUGGCGGCCAAAGCAGGUGUCGCAAAAUUCCAAUGGGAGAUCAUGCAGUCUUUGGGACUGAAGGACGAAGAGAUUUCAAAGUUUCGCGAUCCUACUUAUUGGCUGACGUACUUCCCUCCACUUGCGAAGGAAGACUUGAAAGCUUUGGGAGUUGGUGUUGACUGGCGCCGGUCAUUUAUCACAACUGAUGCAAAUCCUUUUUACGACUCCUUUGUCUGCUGGCACAUGGAGACUUUGAAAGAACAGGGAAAGAUUGUGAAAGACAAUCGUUAUGCCAUAUAUUCCCCAUUGGAUGGACAGCCUUGUGCAGACCACGACCGAGCAUCAGGUGAAGGAGUUCAACCUCAGGAAUAUACCCUUAUCAAGAUGCAAGUGAAGGCCCCAUUUACUGGCAAGCUGACGGCGUUGGAAGGUAGAAACGUUUAUCUUGCCGCUGCAACACUGCGGCCAGAGACAAUGUAUGGACAAACCAACGCAUGGGUGCUCCCCGACGGCCAGUACGGAGCGUAUGAAAUAAACGAGAAGGAUGUCUUCAUAAUAACGGAGAGAUCAGCUUUGAACCUUGCUUAUCAAAACUUCUCCAAGGUUCCCGAGAAACCCACCUGCUUGUUGCCACUGAAAGGGCACGAUUUGAUUGGCCUUCCGUUAAGUUCACCCCUGACGAGUCAUCCAAUUAUCUAUGCCCUCCCAAUGCUCACUAUUCUCACUGACAAAGGAACGGGCAUCGUCACAAGUGUUCCAAGUGACUCACCUGACGACUACAUGGCUCUACUAGAUCUGAAGUCGAAGCCAGCUCUCAGGGAGAAGUUUGGUGUCAAGGACGAGUGGGUUCUACCUUUCGAGUUGAUUCCCAUCAUCAAUAUACCCGAGUUCGGGGACAAGGCUGCAGAAAAGACUUGUAUUGACCUCAAAAUUAAAAGUCAAAAUGACAAGGAGAAGCUUGCAGAAGCCAAGAGACUUACUUAUCUCAAGGGCUUCACAGAAGGUACUAUGCUCGUUGGUGAACACAAAGGCGCAAAAGUGUCUCAGGUUAAGCCAGUUAUUAGAAAGAUGAUGCUAGAAACUGGCCAAGCAGUUGUAUACAGCGAACCCGAGAAAAAGGUUAUGUCAAGGUCUGGAGACGAAUGCGUUGUUGCCCUGACAGACCAAUGGUACUUAACUUAUGGUGAGACUGAAUGGAGAGCCAAAGCUGAAGAGUGCCUUAAGAAAAUGGAGCUUUACCACGACGAGACUCGCAAUGGUUUCGAGCACACUUUAGGCUGGCUGAAUCAGUGGGCUUGUUCUCGUUCUUUUGGCUUGGGUUCCAGAUUUCCAUGGGACAAACAGUUCCUGGUGGAAUCACUGUCAGAUUCUACGAUAUACAUGGCUUAUUACACAGUCGCUCAUUUUCUUCAGGGUGGUGACUUGUUUGGAUCUACCAGUACUCUAGUGAAGCCAGAACAGAUGACACCUGCCAUUUGGAACUACAUCUUUCGGGAUGGUCCACUUCCUGACACCACAAUCCCUGCCGACUUAUUGAACAAAAUGAAAAGAGAGUUUGGAUAUUGGUACCCUUUCGAUUUGCGUGUAUCUGGAAAGGACCUCAUUCAAAACCAUUUGACGUUCUCUAUCUACAAUCAUACAGCAAUGUUUCCAAAGGAGCUAUGGCCUUUAGCUUUCAGAUGCAACGGGCACAUCAUGCUCAACUCUGAAAAGAUGUCCAAAUCUACUGGAAACUUCAGGACUGUGCGCGAAUCUAUAGAGGAAUUUUCAGCCGACGCUACAAGGUUUGCGUUAGCUGAUGCGGGAGACACCAUGGACGAUGCCAACUUCGUCUUCGACACUGCCAACUCAGCCAUCUUGCGAUUAACAAAAGAAAUCACAUGGAUGGAGGAAGAAGUAUUACCAGCUGAACAAACGUUACGCAAUGGACCAUACAACUUCGCUGAUAAAGUGUUCGAUAAUGAGAUCAAUAUUGCAAUAGUUCUGACGGAGAAGAAUUACAAUUCCCUCAUGUUCAGAGAUGCCUUGAAAACAGGCUUUUAUGAUUUCCAGACAGCUCGAGACGAGUACAGGUUAUCCUGUGGGUCCGCAGGAAUGCACAAAGACCUCUUAAUGAGAUUUAUGCACGUCCAGACUAAGCUUCUUACUCCAAUCUGCCCGCAUUAUGCGGAGCAUGUAUGGACUGAUGUGCUUGGACAAAAAGGAUUCGCCGUAAAUGCAGGAUGGCCAUCGUGUGAUGCUCCAAACUACACGCUUCAGAGAGCUAAUAAGUAUUUACAGAAUGUUAUCGUGGACCUUAGAAAGGUAUUGCUGAAGCAGACAGCUCCUCCGAAGAAAGCAAAGAAGGCUGAGCCUGCUCCGAACGCCCCAAAGCCAUCUAUAGCUAUGAUUUUCGUUGCAGAACAUUAUGGUGGUUGGCAGGAGGCGUGCCUUCGGAUCUUACAAUCACACUACGACACGAACACCCAGACUUUCAGCACCGACCAGGAAAUACUGGCUUCCCUUAAAGACAGUCCUGUUGGCCAGUCGCCCGAUUUCAAACGUCAGUGCAUGCCCUUCAUCAAGUUCAAAAAAGAUGAGACAAAGGCUGUCGGAGUUCAGGCGUUAGAUGUAACUCUCCCCUUUGGUGAAAUACAAGUGUUGGAGGAAAAUCUCAACCUCAUUACUAGGCAACUUGUGUUGGAGUCUGUCACCAUCCACUCAUAUGAUGACGUGAAUUCACUCAACUUGGCUGAAUCUCACCUCGCACUUCUAAGACAAUCUCCUCCUUCACCAGGAAAACCAUCAGCCAUCUUCCUAACAUCUGAGAUGCCACAGGCUGGUGCAGAAGCGCAACUCCAGGCCGGUCUACAGGCAGUGCGUAUUUAAAAGAGUCCCACACCACAACAGGAAUUCUAUACUAAUUUUUUGGGAACUCGAUUUUGAGUCUCACCUACUGGCCACCAGAAUGUUAGGUGGAGAUCAACGGCUUUUUUUCGUUUACAACGAAAACACCCGCUUUGUAAUCUUGAAGAGAUGAAUAUUGGAGAAUAUAUGGAUACAUUUCGAGAUUGGAGACCUGAUGGGAGCCUUAGCUUCUGAUGAGCUUUUAAAGGUCGCGAAGGCUACUGCACAUUUUUGUCAAAUGGAUUAACCGUGUAAAUUUAUCCAUCGAAAUUCAAUAUCUGCAUUGCGGAAAAAGUUCAGUCC